UACGCGCACCGCAGCAGACUCUUAUGAGCGUGUAUGUGCGCGCACUCAGGCUGGAAUUGACGGAGCGCAUAUCCCCACACUGCGGAGGAAUAUAGUGAGCCAUACAAGCAGUGGUUCGUCUUGCCUGCCCGCCUCCAGCAAGCCUUGUUCAGUGGCAUACGUCCAUUUCCUCUCUCACCGUAGCGUUAGCGGACCGACGUUUCCAUCUCAAACAGACAUGGCUGACCAACUAACAGAAGAGCAGAUUGCAGAGUUCAAGGAGGCCUUCUCCCUGUUUGAUAAGGACGGAGAUGGGACCAUCACCACCAAGGAGCUGGGCACUGUCAUGAGGUCACUUGGUCAAAACCCAACUGAGGCUGAACUUCAGGACAUGAUCAAUGAGGUGGAUGCAGAUGGCAACGGGACCAUUGACUUUCCUGAGUUCCUUACAAUGAUGGCAAGGAAGAUGAAAGACACUGACAGUGAGGAGGAGAUCAGAGAGGCCUUCAGGGUUUUUGAUAAGGAUGGCAAUGGUUACAUUAGCGCAGCAGAACUGCGUCAUGUGAUGACUAACCUGGGGGAGAAGCUGACAGAUGAAGAAGUAGACGAGAUGAUCAGAGAAGCAGACAUUGACGGAGAUGGACAGGUCAACUAUGAAGAAUUUGUUCAGAUGAUGACCGCCAAAUGAACUGGGCUCACAUUUUAAGACAACGAAUCAGUCAAAUGUUUCACUUACCUCUUAUUGCAAAAAUCUACAUUUAUUCAUACUGUUCUGUAUAGACAACUUAACUGAAUGUUGGAAAAACUAAAAUCCGUCCAUAUAAACAAGUUUAAAAAAAAAAGGUAAAAGACAAAAACAAAAACCUAAAUGAAUCUGCAUGUACUGGCUUGUAUUCCCCGCCCCCAGCGCUAAGCUGCCCAAUCAGAUCUAAACUCAUUAGCCAAGCAGCCUCUCUGCAGCUGGCUGGUUUGGCCGCUGCUCCUCUGCUUCCUGGUUCCAUCUGCCUGAUGUCAUGAUGAUUAUAUGGGCUGGCCAAUCGCCUUUCUUCUAUGACUUCCUGUUUUCUUUUUUUUCUGUUCUUCAUGCAUGCAGCUUUAGAUGGGUUACUGUUGAGAGCCCAAUGGCAGAAAGGCUGUUGUUGGGCCUCAGGUUGGCCUGGGACCCACAGAGGAGGGGAGGGGGUUAGUUGACAGAUGGAUGGGAGUGAGUGAACCAGUGAAACCUUUGCAGUUUGCUUACCUAAAUGAAGUCAGUAACGACAGAUAUUUUUAAGAAAAAUAUUCAAAUGGAAUAAAUAAGAACUCAUUUUAGAUUCUGUGUUUCUGGCAUGUCAGGAUACUCGCUUUAUCCUUUGUGUGUUUACCUUUUUUGAGGGUGAAGUCUGGGCGGGGCAUAGGUUUGAGCCCCUUGGCAUUGGGUGUGUACUAAACUAUUUGGAGGGCUGGGGUGGGCUUUAAAGGUGAUGAUAUACUCGAGCAACCUUUGGGGUAAUAUCAGCAAACAAUGAAUCUGUAGUUAUUCCUCACUGAAGCAUACUUCAGUUAAGCAUAUUGCCUCACAGGUUGCAUGUCUAUCAUGAUUCUAAGUGGGUGUUAAUUUCAGUUUAGUGGGGACGGGGUCGGUGCUUUGCGGCAUUUCUAUCUUGUGUUUGUGUGUGAGUUUGCGUGUGUAAGUGUGUGCGUGUGGGUGCGGCGAGGCCCGGCCCAGUCCAACUGUUCUGUUCAGUUCAGUUGAUCUGCAUUCCAAGUUGUACAUGCUAGUCUUUACAUUUUGUUUUUCCAAUAAAAUACCAUGAACUAA